AUGACAGGCGAUUGGAUGCGCGAGGGGGAUCACGAGAACGAGGAGAGAGGCGUUGGGAGGACGCACGGUGACGGGGAAACUGGGGAUUGGUGUGACAGAGAGCGCGGAGGAGGCGAGAGCCUAAUGUACAAGGGGAAGGCUCGAGGGGAAGGACGGUGGGAAGCGGCGGGAGCAGGUGCAGCAGCAGCAGCAGGGGAAGCAGAAGCAGGAGAUGCAGGAGCGGCAGGAGUGGCAGGAGAGGCAGGAGCGGCAGGGGAUGCAAGAGGAAGAAAGGAAGGCGAAGGGAGCGUUGGAAGGGGUGAAGCGCGCACGUCAAAGGCGGUGCAUGGGGAGGUGGCGGAGGAACAACGGCCAGCCUGCCCGCUCCUCACCCCACUCAUCGCCAUGCUCAUUCCCCCGACGCCCCUCACGCCGCCCACGCCUCUCCGUCCGCUCACGCCAUCCCGCCCCUUGAACCCGCCUGUCACGGCCAGAGCGAGAGCACACAGAGAAGAGAUGCCGGCAGCGUGGGUGAUGAUCAUCCGUGGCAGGGCUCUAUCGGUGGUGAUGCUGACUGUUCGGCCCCUGCUGCUGUUGCGGCCCAGGAUGCUAGCGAUACCUGCUGCUGUGGCUGUGGGCGCAGGUGGGCUGAUACUACCGAGGGCGAGUGUGGUUGUGGAGGGGGGGGGGCGGCGGAUGAGAGGACAACAGGACUGGCAAGAGGGUGGCAGUGAUGGUUGUGGGGGAGAAGGGGGCAACGCGAGCAGGGAGGAGAGAGGUGAAGGGGGGCAGCGGGGGCGUGAGAGCAUCGGAGGCGUUGAAGGGUGUGAUUGGCCCAUGGUGGUGUGUGCCAUGGCUAGUAAGCGGCUGCUGCAACACGCAGUGCAGACGCCGUCCCUCCGCCUCAUCAUCCCGCCCAACCGUCUCUCCUCCCUCUUCUGGUUCCUCUCUCAUACCCCCUCCCUCACCUCCCUCUCCCUGCACUUCCCUUCCCCGCCCCUCUUCCUUCCCUGCCACUUGCAGCGCGCCCUAGCCCCCUCGGUCCUCUCCCUCUCCUCGCUCCACCUCUCUUGCUCAUCUGCUCCGUCUCCCCCCCUUCCCCGUACCUCCUCCCCGCGUUUCCCCACUCCCUCUCCCUCUCCUCCACCGAAUGCCCUCAGUCCCACACACUCCCCGUCUCCUGCAGAAUUGAGGGAUGGCAGAGGGGGGAGGGGCGAAAGAGGAGGAGUGUUAGGAAGGGUGGAGAGGACAAGGUGGGCGGGGGGUGAGGGAGGAGAGCAGGAGCUGGUCCAAGGAGUUGGUAGAGUCUUGGAGGAAGAAAAGGAGGUGGAAGGGGAGCAGGAGCAGACGGAGGAGGAGGAGCAGGGAGUGAGUUGGGGUGUGAUGGCAUGGCUGGGAGCAUACCCGUGUCUGCGCCAUUUGUCCCUGGAAGGCAGUGCCUGGACAUGGCAUGUGCCCGGCCUGCACAUGCCAACUUCACACCCACCUCGCAUGCCCGAUACCCCCUUCUCUUGCCCCACCCCACCGUCUAUGUCACACCACUCCUCUCCUCUUCCGCCUCCUCCUUUCUUCCCCUGCCUCACGUCCCUCCACCUCUCCAACGUGCGGUAUGACUGGCCUCUCUUCUCCCUCCUCCACCGCCUCUCUCCUCAGCUCACCUGCCUCUCUCUCACCCAUGCCAUGGAGCAAUGCUCCCUUCCAAUCCCCCUCUCUUCAUCCUCGCCUCCCCACUCCCCUUCCUCCUCCUCCUCGUUUUCCUCCUCCCUCACCUCCUCGUUCAACUCAUCGUUCUCCUCCCUCUCUCCCACCUUCCCACACCAUCUCUCCAUCACCCUCCACCUCCCUCUUGCCCACACCAUCCGCUUCCACUUCACCGCAGCCUCACGCCUCUCCUUCCUCCUCCUCGCCUCGCCCCGUCUCUCGACUCUCUCCAUUGUUGGGGGUGGGUGUCCCGUGACCGUUCUCAACACACCGCAUCUCCACUCCUUGGUGGCUGGCUGCAUCGACCUCUCACUCCCUCACCUUCUCUCUGUGCGUCAUCUCUACCUCCUCGUCGAGCCCAACGCCCUGCUACUGCGCCAGCCCACACGGGUACUACCAGGUGGUUAUGCUGGGAUCGCAGCACUUGGUUGGCUGGCUCGUGUAGCAGGCACAGUGGAGAUUCUGGUUGCACGGCGGGUGAUAGGGCAGCUGGAGUGCGGCACGUGGGAUAGCCUCAGGAGCAUGGCAGUCAAGUGCAUAUCCUCCCGCCGCCAGCACCACCAUCCCACUCCGCCCUUCGCCCUCUCCGCGCUGCACAGGCAGCAGCCGUUGAGUCUCACUGGAGCCACCACCGCUGGCAACAGCAGUACUGCGGCUAGUUUCGGUAGCGGUUUGCGUGGUGUGUUUGCAGCAGGAGCAACAGCAGCAGGAGGAGGACAAGACGUGCCCAUGACCCAGGGACGAAUGGGUGAUACAUUGAAUGAUCUGCAUCACCCGCUUCCUCCUUACAAUCCUCCUGCUCUCUUCUCUUUGUCUGAGAUCGAUUCUUCAUCCGAGCCCAGCCUGCUCCCGUUGCCAGUGGGUACGGGCCUUUUGGGUUUCUUCUGCUGCUUGCUGGGUGCGCCCUGCUCUCGUGCAUCCCUGCACGCCCUGCUUCUGCACUGCCCUCUCAUGCGCUCCCUGCACGUGUGGGUGCCUGCUGCUGCUGAGACGUGGCAAUGGGAUGUGAGGAGCGGAUGGCUGGAUGAGGGACGGAGUGACGAGGAGUGGGAUGGGGUUGGGGAUGGUGGGAAGGAAACGGAAGAGAGUGACGAUGAGCGCAUUGACGAGGAGAGAGGAGGAGAUGGGGAGGGUACGGAGGAGAGAAACAGGGAGGUUAGUGGUAAGCAGGAGGAGUGUGCAUGGGAGGAGGUGAGGGUGGGGGAGAAGGUGCUAAAUCUGCCGCUGCACAUGCCUGUCAACAAUCACCCUGGUGGAGACGGGACCCUUGGUGACAAUGUAUACUAG